UAGAAGGUCCGCCAAAAGGGGCUAUAUAUACCCAUCCAAAUUAACGAACUAUAUAUCCCAUCUCCCACACGAUCAACUAUAUAGAUAAUAGAUGGAGUCGCUACAGAUAGAUGAGCCGUUGACGCCUGCCGGCCGGAUGUUUCUCCAACCGGAGAUGAGCCAAAUUAUACACGCAGUCGCCGGCGUCAAGAAUCCGUUCGACGUAGACGCCGUUAAAGCGGCUUUCGCGGACUCUCUGCUGGUCAAACACCCAAGAUUCAGCAGCCUCAUGGUCAAAGAUUCCAACGGCCGCGAAAGCUGGCGGAGAACCGAAGUCAACAUCGACGACCACUUCGUCAUCCUCCCGGAGCCUCUCACCGCCGACCGGUCCGUGUCGGACGAGGACGCCGUCAACGAUUACAUCGCCGACCUCGCCGUCUCGACGCCGCUCCCCUCCGACAAGCCGCUGUGGGAAUUCCAUUUCCUUCUCGCCCAUAAAUGCGCCGUUCUCAGAAUCCACCACGCCCUCGGCGAUGGGAUUUCGAUCGUGUCCUUGUUCCUUUCUUGCUGCCGGAAAACCAGCGAUCCCAGCCAGCCGGCGUCAGUGGGUGACGUCGGAGUGGGGCGGCGGCGGAGGUGGGGCCUCAGGGAGUUGGCAUUGGUGGUCUGCUACACGGUGGUAUACGUGUUGGAGUUUAUACUGAGAAGUCUGUGGCUGAAGGAUAAGAAGACGGUUCUGACCGGCGGCGCUGGGGUGGAGCUCUGGCCGCGGAAGUUGGCCACCGCCAAGUUCACCAUUAACGACAUGAAAACAGUUAAGAAAGCGGUUGCUGACGCGACCAUCAAUGAUGUACUUUUCGGAGUGAUUGCAUGUGGGCUAUCAAGGUACCUUGCCAUCCGACCCUCCAAAGAAUUGAAGGAUGGCCUCCAGAUCACUGGUCUUGCAAUGGUAAAUUUACGACCACAACCCGGACUUCAGGAUAUGACGAAGCUGAUGAAUAGUGGUAAAUCGAGCACCGGGUGGGGCAACAAAUUUGGGUUUGUACUCUUGCCUGUAUACUACUUUCAUAAGGCUUCAAAUGAUUCUCUCCAGUUUGUCAAGAGAGCCAAAUCUAUGAUUGACAAGAAAAAACUAUCCUUAGAAGCCCUUUGCUCCUACAAAAUAGGGGAUUUUGUCAUGUCAUUCCUCGGUGUUAAGCUGGCGAGCAUGCUCAACUAUCGGAUCUUAUGUAACACAACAUUCCUAAUUACAAAUGUGAUUGGCCCACAAGAGCAGAUCUCCAUUGCAGGCAACCCAAUCAUGUACAUAAGAUCAUGCACAUCAAGCUUGCCUCAUGCGAUCGCAAUAUAUAUGGUGAGCUAUGAUGGCAAGGCAUACCUCCAAAUUUUAGUUGCCAAAGACAUCAUCCCCGACCCCAAGGUUCUAGCCAGAUGUUUUGAAGAUGCUUUGAUGGCAAUGAAAAAACAAGCUGAGAUGAACAAUCCACACCACAUCGAUCCAUGUGAACAAAAAACAUCGUAGAUGUCAUCGAUCAUCAUCUAAAUCCAUUAGACCACUACGUGCACUUUAAUAAUGUAUUAUCUCAAGACUCAUGUGUAAUUUUCAUAAUUCUGUUUAUCAUAAAUAUAAGGCUAAGACAUCCAAUGUGAAUAAUAUUGUUACCACUCGUUUUGUCGACCGUUGAGGAUUAUUUACCAUGGAGAACUCAGUUUGAAUCCUUCUAAGUAUCCCACAGUCUCUUGGGGAUACUAGAUGGGUCCAUUCAAGUUCCCCCAUCCACCACAACUGAUUAUCAUCACUGGUUAAAAAUUGACCAUACUUUACGAUCUUGACUUUUUGCUACUCUGACCAUUGUGUAAUUUCACUUCUGGUAUUAAUUAUGCUGAUUAUUUUCCUACCUCUGCUACUCACACCAUUAGUGCAGGUUUUCCAUCUGUGGAUAAUUCCAACCAGUCCCCGCGACCUCCGGUUGUUUUUCAAUUGUGUUUUACUCCAGGUCAUUCCGCCCUUCACUGCUCGUGUUUCACUUCUUCCAGUACUCCCGCUCUGGCUGCUCUAUCUACUGGUGAGACACAUGAUUCGUUCUGGUAUCCUGAUUCUGGGGCUUCCGCUCACAUGACUCCUCAUGAAGGCACCUAAUAGAGACCAUGUGUACCCUUUUCAUGCUUUUUAAGCCCGAGUAGUUCCUGGUCUGAUUUGGCACAAAAGUCUGGGGCAUUAUGGUGAGAGAGUUCUUGGUCGUCUUAGGCAAAAUAAAUUAAUUACUAGUUCUUCUUCCUUUAAUCAUGAUUGUGUUUCUUGUAAACUGGGUAAAUCCCACAGACUACCUUUUAGUGAUGCUACACAUGAUACUACUGCUCCGUUGCAAAUUAUUCAUUGUGAUGUUUGGCAGUCUCCAAUUUUAUCAAAUUUGGGCUUUAAGUAUUACUAGUAAUCCACCCGUGCGUUGCACGGGAUAUAAGAUUACAUAUAUGUGAUAUGUAGGGUAGGGGUGGUCAUAAAAACCGAACCGAACCAGUACCAAACUUAUACGUAAUACAUGCAUUACAUGGUACUGAACUGAAUAUCGGGAAUCUAAAAGCUUUUAUAUGUUUUUAUCCUGAAUCGAAAUCGUACCGUUUGAAACGGAUACAGAACUGAUCCUUGAUUUUGAGAACCG